GCACUUUCCACUUAAAACGAGAAGCCGGAAUAAUCCUCCUGCUUGAUCUUCCAACCCUGAUUAAACCAAAGCAGCGUCAAUGAAGAAGGGAAAGGAAAAUGACUCUGUGUGAGGCUUCAGGACAAACACACCCAAAUAGACACGUAGGAGGAGAAGAGAGUCAGGAGAGUUAAAGGCCUCGUCCUUUUUUCCGGCUGUUUGGGGAGGAAAGAGACGGACUUUCUAUCCAUCCAUUCCUUCUUCUCCCAGGCUGAACCCUCCUCAAUCCAUUCUUUAUUCCAGGGAUCUCCGGCCUUUAAAGGAAAAAAUAAGCCCUGAUUAUCACCCUGAAAAUCAAUGGGAACCUUGAAACUGGAAACCUUCAUGGAGACUUCCAGAGAUCUCUCCGUGUCUCUUCAGAGGAUCCACCGGUCACUUUGAUUCCCCUCCUCCCACUUGGAGCCCCAGAGAUGGCUUUGGAUGCUGGUUUCCAGAAUUCCCAGUGAGGCCAUGGCUCAGGAUACUGGGGCUGCUCCCCAGAGCAGAAAGGCUGGGCGUGAAUCCCAUCAAACUGAAGAAGGGAGAAUGUGGCUGUGACCCUCCCUGGGUUCCCUUCUCUCUCUCUCUCCUGCCAGGCGUUGGGAGGAAGAAUGGAGGCUGCUGCUUUCAUGAGGCUUUUUCCAAGUCCUUUGCUCAAUGUUGGCUUAGAGAGUUCUAAGAACCAACCAGGAUGGCUUCCAAACCAGGAUCAGGGUCUUAAGAGUUAUAAAUCAGUCCAAUUAAUUGUGGCACUUCUGAUGGCCAUAACAAAUCACAGUUUCUGCAUUAUGCAAUCACUGGUGGUCUCUUCAGGUGUGCUUGUUCUUUUCCAAAAUGGAGGCAACAUGUGGAGAGUUGUUGGCCUGCAUCCGUGUUUUUAAAACUUUAAGAUGAAUGGACUUCAACCCCCAGAAUUCCCCACCCAACAAUGCAGGGACUUCAUCAUGCUGGCCAGAAAAUUCUGGGAAUUAAAGUCCGAUCAUCUUAAAAUGCCAAGUUUGAAAAAUGCAGCUCUACGUUCCUCCCUUCUAUAAGGAGUUAAAGCCCUGCACCAAGAAUUGGCUAACUCACAUGUUGCUCAAUAAGCCAGGCACAAUUUUUUUUCUCCCUCUCUCUCCGGGCAACCCCGGAUCCCCCUUGGGAGACCCAGCCCUGCAUGGCUUCUCCCCCACAGGAGCCUCUCCUGGAAAGACACGGAUCGUUUCCAGGACUCAGAAGAUGGAAGUUGGAGGGAGAUUUUGCUCUGCUUUCCUUCCCCAACACGAGGCUCCCCAGCUUCCUUCUCCCAAGAGGGGCUCCCCACUCAUCCAGGCAGAGUCCUGUCUGGCAUCCCUGCAAGAGCCCCCUUGCCUGGCCUGGGCAUGGGAAAGGGAGGCAGGGGAACAUGGGACAUGGGCUUCCUCAUUCCCUGGUCUCAGAGAAUGGAAGUUUGAAGGGGAUUUUGCAUAACAGCUUUCCAUAUCCCUCACUCCCUCCCUCACUCCCUCCUUUCCAGGGGUGAGUUGCUUCCUUUAUUUCUCCAUCUCUUUUCACUUGGUUUUCUCUCACUUCUCCCUCUCUCUGUUUGUCUGUGCAUGUGGGGUUUUUUUUCCCAACUAUGCAAAGUUCUGAUAAGUAAUUUUUCACUAUUUUUUCAUUUAGUUCUUGGAGUCAGGCCACACUAUUACAUCAGCCCUUUUGUCAUUGAGCAUCAGCUUUCAAAGUAAAGUUAAGUCUGGCUCCAACUCAACAAGCAGAUCCGUGACAUGCUGAGGCAUUAACUAUCCCCCGAGGUUUUCUCUCUAAUUGCUAUGCCAACAAAUGUCACAUUUCUUUUUAUCUUCAGCCACAGGUGCCGUGUAUUCCCCCUGGGGCCAAUUUCAAGGCUGUAGAUCCCAAAACUCUCAAUUCUAGAUGACAGAUUUAAUUCCAUCUCUACUCUAUCAUUAUGAACCACGUGAGGAUUAUUUCCCUCUCACUUCCCUCCAGAGAAAUGCCCAACAAUCUCGGAGUUCAAGAAGUCAUUGAAUUAUCCAGGGAUCCCUCCUGAGAGGGAGAAUUAUUAUCCUCCGAGUUUCUGCUCUGUUCUUUGGCCGAAUCCUCCCAGGAGACUUUGGGCAGAGACCCAGGGAGUUGGGGGCAGCUUUUCUCUUCUCCCUGAAGGCCCCAAAAGGAAACUUUUCCUGCUGGAGAACUUGGCUUCAGGCAAAAAGUUUCACUGAGCAAUUUCAGACUCCGGACUUCCCUCCCCACUGAAGAUCAGGGCUGCCUGGAUCCCUUCCCAUCAAAGGGGGAUACUCUGGGGAAAAGAAGAGCUGAGGGCAAAGGGAGCCCUCUUUCUGCCACCCAGGAUCACCCCGCAAAAGACCCCCCUUUUCCAUCUUCCCAAAAGAGAGCUCUGCUUUCUUCCAAAGGGUGCAAGUUUCUUCUUGAGUCCCUUGUAUUGUCCCCCUUCACCGCCCCCCCCCCGCAAGCCCCUCUUUAUGGUGUAGAAGGGUUGGGGGUCCUGGGCCUUCCAUGUUAAAUGUGUUCAAGGAUCAUGCCCAAUAACUCCAUAAGCAGGUAUUCAUUAAAUCAGAUAUUGUUUAUUAAUUAAGCAUCUUAUCAUUACAGGUACAAGUCUGGAACUGAAGCAGGACCGCAUGGCUGACCCUUAAGUACCCCUGGGCGUGGCUAAGGGAUGCAUUGCGCAUGCGUGAGGUUCAUUUCUGCCCAGCCGCCGUGGAGUGAGGAGCUCGUCCCUGCAGCUCCCGGGUGAAGGCCCCACCUUCCGGAUGGGCCUCCGGUUCCUUCUUGGUCGGCCUCGCUUGCUUGGGAUCAUCGUGGAUCGUCGUCUGGAGCCUCGGGAAGCGGUGAGGAUCGUCGGUGGAUGUCGGAAGUCUCGUUGGGGCCGCGAAUGGUCCCGGAUGGCCCGGCCUUGUGUGGGUGUUGCCUACGGGUGUCGGGCCGAGUCCCCUGCCCGCCGAUGGACGUCCCCUGCCUGCGGAUGGCCCCGUGGGCCAUGGAUCUGGUCCCGGUCGUCGGUCCGGUACAAGUCUGGAACUGAAGCAGGACUGCAUGGCUGACCCUUAAGUACCCCCUGGGUGUGGCUAAGGAGCCUCUCCUGGAAAGACACGGAGCCCAAGUGAGGCUGGAGAAACCCCGGGGGCUGCGUCUCCCCAACAUUCAACCCUGGGACCCAUAAACCAGAGAAUUUCCCAACAACCUUUGACUGCAAGAACUAAUUGAAUUAUCCAGGGAUCCCUCCUGAGAGGGAGAAUUAUGGUAAAAGUUUCAGCUCUGCUCUUUGGCUGAAUCCUCCAGGGGAGACUUUGGGCAGAGAAAUAUGGAGUUUUGGGACAGGCAGAGUCUGUGCUCUUGAAUGUAUGUCUCUCUCCUUUCCAGGUGAAGCUGAGUGUCUCUCUGUGUUGAGAAGAAGCAUCUGGAUGUUCCACCUUGUGAGAAUCAUUUGAUUCUUCUAAAUCUUCUUUAGAAACAGGAAAGGGAUUGAUUGAUUCACCCCAUGAAUUAUGGACCUCCUGCUUCUGCUUCUGAUGCUGCUUUUGUCCCAUCCAGUCUCUGGGAAGCUGAGAAUGAAAUGCCCGCUGAGUUUGGAGAACCAGGAUGAGAAACCAUGGAGCUACUACAGACCAGGAGACCAUCUAAUCAGUAUAGUCACCAGUGGAUAUGAAAGAUUGCAUACAAAGUUGUUUUUCAAUGUGGCUCCUUCUCUUCAGUUUGUUUUCCAUGAUCCGAGAUCUUACAAAUAUUUUUAUUGUUUACUAUUCAUUGUCAACAUUCAACUGGUCAACAAGAAUUCCCAUCUCUUGCACAACCUCACACUGGGCUACAACAUCCAUUAUAACUAUGUAAGCACUUUCCACACUUCAGAUGCAUUGCUGGACAUGCUCUCCACUGGAGAAGCCAAUGUCCCCAACUACGGCUGUGGAAGGAAGGAGAACCUCCUAGCUCUUCUUGAUGCAGCUGACAAGGCCAUCUCCAUCCAGAUGUCAACAUUAGGAGGCACCUACAAAGUCCCACAGAUCAAUCUUGAAACUGCUUCAGAGGCUCUGAGUGAUAAAAGUCAAUUCCCCUUUUUCCACCGGAUGCUCCCCAAAGACGGGAUCCUGUACCCAGCAAUUGUCCACCUCCUCCUCCAUUUCAGAUGGACCCUGAUUGGCUUCUUUGCUUCAGACACAGAAAAUGGAGAGAAUUUUAUGAGGAUUUUUCCUCCUGUGCUUGUCAGGAGUGGAAUUUGUGUGGUUAUAUCACAACUGUUCUCAACAACUGGAUAUACAACAGCAUCCCUCAGGGAUUCCCUCUCUAAGUGGAGACAAGUCAACAUCUUUGUUCACUUCAUAGAAUAUGAUUCCAUUUGGGAGAGAAUUCUUCCUUUCCAUUUAACAUUUAUGCGUCUGCCAGGAACCAUUGAAGGGAAAAUCUGGAUCCUCACAAAUUUUGCAGGGUAUGAAAUAAACAAGCGUAGACUUCUCAAAUACAUCCAUAGUAUUUGGAACUUUGGUUAUCAGGGGAAAAAACGGCCAAAAGAUUCUGCCUUUGAACACUAUUUAUUUGUGGAAGGAAAAUUUCAAGAUCCUUAUUUCCGUUGUUCUCUUUCAAAGAACGUCUUUUCUGUCAAAGGCCGCAGAAGAUGCACCCAGAAAGCCCCACUGGAGACCCAAUGGAAAUGGAACAGGAUUCGGGUCCCAAAUGACUAUCAAUAUUACAGUAUCAUGAAGACUCUGGCCCAGGCCUUGAAUGCCGCUUAUUCCUCCAGAUUGAGGAGAAGAAGGAAGGAGGGAGAAAAGACUUUGGGGUCUCCAAGGCUGCAGCCGUGGCAGUUUCAUCCCUUUCUGGAGAAGAAUGAAUUUUGGAAUAUUUCUGACAGAAAACUGUACUUGGACCAAAAUGGAGAGAUAACAGCAGAUCUGAGAAUUGACAGCUUGUUGGUUCUCCCCAAGGGGGAUGUCAUGGAAGAGACUCUGGCGUAUUUUGAAAGGCAGAGAUUUACUAUCAUCCAAGAUGCUCUUUCACGGCUAAAGUUGCUCAAUAAGUCCCUGCCUGAGUCCAAAUGUGUGGAAAGUUGUCAUCCUGGAUUUGUCAAGAGGGCUCGAGAAGGAGAGCCAGUUUGCUGCUACGACUGCAUUCCUUGUCCGGAGGGGACCUUCUCCACUCAGGAAGAUAUGGAAAAAUGCACCAAGUGUCCAGAUGAUAAAUACCCAAAUGAGGACAGAGUCCAAUGUAUCCCCAAAGUCAUAACCUUCCUAUUUUAUGAAGAAUAUCUGGGCAUCAUCCUGGUUUCUUUUGCCCUACUCUUGUUCUUAAUCACAGGCCUUGUUCUAAUCAUCUUUAUUAAAUACCGAGAAACUCCCCUUGUCAAAGCCAACAACCGGGACCUCUCCUACAUCCUCCUGGUCUCCCUCCUGCUCUGCUUCUUAUCUCCUCUUCUCUUCAUUGGUCAACCAAGGAAAGCUACCUGCCUUCUCCGACAAACGGUUUUCAGCAUCAUCUUCUCAGUUGCCGUUUCUUCUCUCUUGGCCAAAACCAUCACGGUGGUGCUGGCCUUCCUGGCCACAAAACCAGGAAACCGAGUGAACAGAUGGUUGGGGAAGAGCUUGGCCAACUCCAUCAUCCUCUCUUGUUCUGCUGUCCAAAUUCUCAUCUGCUCCAUCUGGCUGGGAGUUUCUCCCCCCUUCCCUGACUCUGACCUCCACUCCCAGCCUGGAGAGAUCAUCCUGCAAUGCAACGAAGGGGCCGUUGUCAUGUUCUACGUCACCCUCAGCUACAUGGGCUUCCUGGCUGCCAUCUGCUUCACGGUGGCUUUCUUGGCCAGGAACCUGCCUGGGGCCUUCAACGAAGCCAAGCUGAUCACCUUCAGCAUGCUGGUCUUCUGCAGUGUCUGGGUGACUUUUGUGCCCACCUACCUGAGCACCAAAGGGAAAUACAUGGUGGCUGUGCAGGUCUUCUCCAUCCUGGCCUCCAGUGCUGGUCUGCUGGGCUGCAUCUUCAUCCCCAAGUGCUACAUUAUCCUUCUGAGGCCAGACCUCAACACAAAGGAGCAGCUCACAGCCAGAACAAAUGUAAAAACAUGAGAUAUAACACAAAUGUGAUAUUGAAAGAAUUGUUAAAAGUUUCUUUUAUUUGAAAGGAGAUAUUUUUUCCAUUUAGAUAGUAUGCAGGAAUCAAAGAAAAUCAUAUGUAUAUGUUUCAAAUUUGGAAAUUAUUGAAUUGUGCACAAAGGAGCAGUUUACAGCCAGAAGAAAUGUGUAAAUGUGAGACUGAGGAAUUUUAACUUUUAACAUUUUCCACAGUCCAAAUGUAGAAAAUGGUCCAAGCUCUUCUCCAUGCAUGAGUAGGCCAACUAUUUUUCUUGAGAUAAAUAAAAGGUGUGUGGAAGAUUGUGAGGAGACAAAUUUCUUGGAGAAAUGGGAGCAUGUUAGCAAGACAGAAAUAUAGAAGGAAUGUAUGGAGCAACGUUGAUGCCCUCAUUUCUCAGUACAUUUCACCGAAAACUGCUGUGACAACGCAACUGAGAUGUUUCUUUUUGUUAACACAAUAACUUUUUCUUGAGGGUAGCAACAAUACAAGUCUUGUUAAUUCUGAAUAUUCAUGCUUACAUCAUCUAUUAAAUGAAAUAUGCAUAUGUAUGAUUAUCAUUUUCUCCUCCUUUCCUCGAAUGUAUAAAUAUGAGUGCAUCCUUUUGUCUGUAAGAUUUCCUCCCACUAUUUUCUGUGGAGAAUUCCUCUAAUGGACACUGAAUAAAUAACAACUGCUGUGA